AUGGACAUAAGAAAGUUUUUUGGUGGUCGAGAAAAGAGAAAAUUGCCAGAAAUAAGUAGUAGCGGAAGUGAUGAACACGAUGGAAUAUAUAAAAUUCCCAAAUCCUCCAACGAACCUUCCACUUCUUAUGAUCGCAAUACCAGAAAUGCAGAUCCUUCAACUUCUAAAAAGCUUACAAAUGAAGAACGUUUUGAAAAUGACAUAGGUCAAUGGGUGGGACGGUCUAAUCAUUUAACAACAUCUCAAAAAAUGGAUAUCUUGAAACGUUGUUGGACGCCACCAGAAAAUUACAACUUUAGUGAGGAUGCUAUUGCUGUUGGAUCAAAGAGAAAAUUUAACCAUAGUUGGUUACAGGCCUAUGCUCCUUGGCUUGCGUAUUCGAAAAUACUGAAAGGAGCUCUUUGUUUGUACUGUGUUCUGUUUCCACCGAAAAAAGUCCAAGGUGUUUUAGGUUCAUUUAUCAUCAAACCUUUUACACGAUACAAAGACAUUCACGAGGGCUGUAGAAACCAUAUUUCCAAUAAUUGGCACCAAGGAGCAACCGAAGCAGCUAAUAGUUUUGUGGAAGAAGUACCUAUAAAUAUUAUGAUGGUAUCCGGACACCAAAAAGUACUAGAACAAAAUCGAAAAAUUAUUUCGUCCAUAAUUUCAAAUGUACUAUUUUGCGGAACCCAUGAUCUACCCUUUAGAGGAAAAGGUCAAAAUGAAGGAGUUUUCUAUGACUUAAUUCAAAUGCGAAUUGAAGCUGGUGAUCAGUAUCUCCAAAACCAUAUCGAAAAGGGCAAGCGAAAUGCCAUCUACACAUCUCCGCAAAUUCAGAAUGAAAUCAUCAAUAUAAGUGGAACAGUAAUCAAAGAUUGUAUUAUUAAUGAUGUUAAAAAGGCUGUAGCUUUCAGUAUAAUGGCAGACGAGACCGCUGAUAUCUCAGGAACAGAGCAAUUGUCUAUUGGGAUUAGAUUUUUUGAUGGUGAGAAAAGGGCUAUCAGAGAAGAAUUUUUAGGCUUCAUUGAACUACAUGCCACGGAUGCUGUUAACAUAGCUAGUGCAAUAGAUCAUUUUAUUCAAAACGAAGGUCUCGAUGGAACGAAGCUUGUUGGACAAGGCUAUGAUGGUUGCGCAACUAUGGCAGGGAAAAUCAAUGGAGUGCAAACAAUUUUACGAGAAAAAUAUCCACAUGCUCUAUUUUUUCACUGUGCAAGUCAUAAAUUAAACUUGGUGGUCAAUGAUUUAAAUUGUGUUCCAGAAAUACGUAACACAAUUUCAACGGUAAAGGAUAUCAUAAACUUUUUUCGCGAAUCUGUUUUACGUAGAAAAUGUAUCCCGAACAUACCAGCAUUCUGUGAGACACGAUGGUCUCAAAAAUAUAGAAGUAUUUCAAUUUUCAAAGAAAAUUUUGAGAUAAUUGUACAUGCUUUAGAUAAAUUGUCAAAAGAUGGGAACACUGCAACAAGAAAAGUUGCUUUUCAAUUGUAUGCUGUAGCAAAUAAAAGUAUUUUUAUAAUGAGUGUUAUCCUCAUAGCAAAAUACUCUAAAUUAUUAGAGCCUGUUGUGAAUGCUUUACAAUCAAAAAAUCUGGAUUUGCUGAAAUGCUCAAAUUUUAUAAAAAAAAUAGUAGUCAUGGUGAAAGAUCACCGCGAACACGCUGACACAGAAAUUAAAGAAUUAUUAACUGCUGCAAACAUAGCAGCUGAGAAUAUAGGAGCAGAAAUUAAUCUUCCUAGGAUUGUUAAACAACAACAACAUCGUUCGAAUCCUCCAGCGUUAAAUUCGGCUGAAUUCUGGAAGAGAUCAUUACUAAUUCCAUACUUGGAUUCAUUAAUAUCCUCAUUGGAACGGAGAUUUUCUGAUGAAAACAUACCUGCUUUUUCACUUUUAUUAUUACACCCUUCAAAUAUGUUAGAUAUGAACACCAAAGAAUUUAAACUUAAAAUAAAUGAUUUUGCCAAUUAUUACCAAAUUAAAGACUUGUAA